AUGUCUAGCAAGGGUGAUCGAAGUCAACAAGUAAGAUGGAAUGAUGCCAUGGACAAGGCAUUGAUUGAGCUACUUGCUGAACAAGUAACAUUGGGCAAUAAGAUUGAUAAGGGGUUUUGGACAUCUGCAAACACAUCAAUAUGCAGGGGGAUGACUGUCCACUUCAAUAUUGAUAUGAGAACACCCCAUAUUAAGAGUAGAAUGAGAACAUUAAAACCCAUAUACAUGGAAGCCAAGAAGCUGCUUGAGACUAGUAGUUUCGGCUGGAAUGAAUCCAAGAAUCAAAUCAUAGCUGACCCAGUUGUUUGGGAAGAUUACAUCAAGCAACUGGUAAUGAUGCCAUCUACAAUGCAUGCCAAUCCACUUGCACUGUGUGUUAAAGGCAGGGUGAUGGAGAUGUUUGAGGAAAUGCAAACAGUUUUGGGAAAUGAUCAGCCUACGGGUGAUAAGGCUAUGGCAGGGUUUGAGUCCAUGAUUGAGUGUAAUGCUGAUGUUGAUGGUGCUGAAGAGGAUGUCCCUGAGUUCAAUGAUGAUGCAACAACCCCACUAACUGUUGAUGAAUUCAUCUGUGAAGAUGGCACUCAAUCAGUCUCCAACAACAACUGGAGGGCAGGUUCCUCAAGCUCAAAAAAAUGA